AUGGAAGAAGAACCAGAAUUUCAAUUUCGUUGUAUAUUACUAAAAAUCUUAGAUGGUUUAUCGGAUAAUGAUUGUAUGAAAUUAAAGUUUUUAUUAGGUGAUAAUAUAUCACGUCGUUUACGAGAUGCAGAUCAUACAUCAGUAGCAAAUACAUUAAAUGUUUUUGAAACAUUAUUUGAUCAACGAAAAAUAUCCAAUAAAGAUUUUACAUAUUUAAUUAAGGCAUUUGAAGCAAUAGAAUGUUUUGGUGCAGCACAUCGUUUAAAAGAACAUCAUGAAGAAGCACAACGAUCAAGAUCAAGAACUCUGUCGUCAGCUUCUACGACUAACACUACUACGUUGCCACCAUCAAAUGUACUAAUUGUGAAUGGAUGGUCGAACGAAGACUCAAUUGGUGAUUAUAUCAAAAAACAAAGUGAACUCAUACAGCCCCUUCUAAAUAAUAAUCCUGAAACGUCCUUAUCUCAAAUACACGAGAAUCGAUUACCAUUAACAGCAAUAAUAACACCCAGCAGUCGAUCAAGUGGGAAGCCAGGAAUAAGAAAUAACUUGACAUUUAGAAUAACAAAAAAAGACUUUUUAUGCCUGAGUAUUAUUGGCAUUAUUAUCACAAUUCUAGCCAUUAUAACCAUCAUACAUUUACUUAAGAAUAAAGAAAAAUAUUGUCAACCACCAAACGCUAAUGUAUUAUAUCUUAUCAGAUCAGUACAUACACUCAAAUUUGUCACAUCAGGCAAUACGUCUAAAGAUAAAGAACCUAUCUAUCAAUUAUCAACAGCAGUUGCUGAUCAAACGACACAGCAGCGGCAACAACAAUGGUUUUUUACCUCAGUUGUUGAUCAUAGAGAAAAAAAUGUUUAUAUCAUACAAUCUGUUUACAAUCGAAAAGCAUUAGAUAUACCACAUCGUUCAAGUCAUGAUAAUAUAAAGGUGCAGCAAUAUGAAUCAGAUAAAGACAACAGAAACCAGCAAUUUAAGUUAAUACAUAUUAAAAAAAAUUACUGUAAAAUAGUAAGUGUAGCAACUGGCAAAGCUUUAGAUAGUCGAUCAAAUGACUUCAGCAUAAGUCAAUCAAAAUCAAAUUUAAAUAAAGACACUCAAUUAUGGCAAUUAAUUGUGUCAGAAGAGAGUACAACACAAACAGUUACAGUGCCAGAGAAUAGUGAUCCUCCAUGUAACAAUCACGCCAAAGAAUUGUAUGUCCGUUAUCAUUGUGAUUCAAUAGAAGAUUUUUCUAUGGUUAAGCUUGGUAAAGCAGUUGGAGGUGAUGGGGGAGAUAUUUUUGAUGAUUCUUUAACAUACUCCUUUAGCUAUUACCAUUAUUGUAGUUCAAUUGGCGUAACAUGGUCUGAUCGUUUAAACUCAAUUCAAUCUUCUUACUCUUCUUCUACUUCUGAUCAUAUAUCAAUAAUCCGAGCAGAUAGACACGGAGAUGAAGGUAGCAAAUGUCAUAUUUUCAAUGUUACAUUAAUGAACAAGAAUGAACGAAUAAACAAAAUCGAUGUCGUUUAUGGUGAACGAUAUAUUGCAAAUGACUGGAGACCGGAUACUACAACUAAAAUCAUUGUUGGGAUAAAAUUUUAUACAACGUAUAAUCGUUCAAGUCCAUUUUAUGGUAGCAACCAGACUGGUGAUAUACAUGAGAUAGUGAAAUAUGAUGGCUAUACUGUAGGUUAUGUAAAAGGAAAAGGAGGGGGGGCAAUUGAUCAGUUACAAUUUGUAUGGUAUAAAGCUUGA